CGGGUGGUGGGGCCGUUGCCGCAGUGACAGUGCUGGGGGAGUCCGAAGAUGGCGGCGUCGCGUCGCUCUCAGCAUCAUCACCACCAUCAUCAACAACAGCUCCAGCCCGCCCCAGGGGCUUCGGCGCCGCCGCCGCCACCUCCCCCACCUCUCAGUCCCGGCCUGGCUCCGGGGACCACCCCAGCCUCCCCCACAGCCGGUGGUCUGGCCCCCUUCGCCUCCCCACGGCACGGCCUAGCACUGCCGGAGGGGGAUGGCAGUCGGGAUCCGCCCGACAGGCCCAGAUCCCCGGACCCGGUUGAGAGUACCAGCUGUUGCAAUACCACCAGCACAAUUUGUACCGUCGCCGCAACUACCGUGGUCCCGGCGGCUUCUGCAUCAUCUGCCGUCGGGGUCGCUCCCAACCCAGCCGGCGGUGGCAGUAACAAUUCUCCGUCGUCCUCUUCUUCCCCGACGUCUUCCUCAUCUUCCUCUCCAUCCUCCCCUGGAUCAAGCUUGGCUGAGAGCCCCGACGCGUCCGGAGUUAGUUCCACUGCAGCUUUGGGGCCUGGGGCAGCGGCAGCUGGGACAGGGGUCCCAGCAGUGAGCGGGGCCCUACGGGAACUACUGGAGGCCUGUCGCAAUGGGGACGUGUCCCGGGUAAAGAGGCUGGUGGACGCGGCAAACGUAAAUGCAAAGGACAUGGCCGGCCGGAAGUCUUCUCCCCUGCACUUCGCUGCAGGUUUUGGAAGGAAGGAUGUUGUGGAACACUUACUACAGAUGGGUGCUAAUGUACAUGCUCGUGAUGAUGGAGGUCUCAUUCCACUUCAUAAUGCCUGUUCUUUUGGCCAUGCUGAGGUUGUGAGUCUGUUGCUGUGCCAAGGAGCUGAUCCAAAUGCCAGGGAUAACUGGAACUAUACACCUCUGCAUGAAGCUGCUAUUAAAGGGAAAAUUGAUGUCUGUAUUGUGCUGCUGCAGCACGGAGCUGAUCCAAACAUUCGGAACACUGAUGGGAAAUCAGCUCUGGACCUGGCAGAUCCUUCAGCAAAAGCUGUCCUUACAGGUGAAUACAAGAAAGACGAACUCCUAGAAGCUGCUAGGAGUGGUAAUGAAGAAAAACUAAUGGCUUUACUGACUCCUCUAAAUGUGAAUUGCCAUGCAAGUGAUGGCCGUAAGUCCACUCCUUUACAUCUAGCAGCAGGCUACAACAGAGUUCGUAUAGUUCAACUUCUUCUUCAGCAUGGUGCUGAUGUUCAUGCAAAAGACAAAGGUGGACUUGUGCCUCUUCAUAAUGCAUGUUCAUAUGGACACUAUGAAGUCACAGAACUACUACUAAAGCAUGGAGCUUGUGUUAAUGCAAUGGAUCUCUGGCAGUUUACUCCACUACAUGAGGCUGCUUCCAAGAAUCGUGUAGAAGUCUGUUCUUUGUUACUGAGCCAUGGUGCUGAUCCUACUUUAGUCAACUGUCAUGGGAAAAGUGCUGUGGAUAUGGCUCCAACUCCUGAACUUCGGGAGAGACUGACUUAUGAAUUUAAAGGUCAUUCUUUACUACAAGCAGCCAGAGAAGCAGACCUAGCCAAAGUAAAAAAAACACUCGCUUUGGAAAUCAUUAAUUUCAAACAGCCGCAGUCUCAUGAAACAGCGCUGCACUGUGCUGUGGCCUCCUUGCAUCCCAAACGAAAACAAGUGACAGAAUUAUUACUUAGAAAAGGAGCAAAUGUCAAUGAAAAAAAUAAAGAUUUCAUGACUCCCCUGCAUGUUGCAGCCGAAAGAGCCCAUAAUGAUGUCAUGGAAGUUCUGCAUAAGCAUGGAGCAAAGAUGAAUGCACUGGAUACCCUGGGUCAGACUGCUUUGCAUAGAGCUGCCCUAGCUGGUCACCUGCAAACCUGCCGCCUCCUGCUGAGUUAUGGUUCUGAUCCCUCCAUCAUCUCCUUACAAGGCUUUACAGCGGCACAAAUGGGAAAUGAAGCAGUGCAGCAGAUUCUGAGUGAGAGUACACCUAUACGCACUUCUGAUGUUGAUUAUCGGCUCUUAGAGGCAUCAAAGGCUGGUGACUUGGAAACUGUGAAGCAACUUUGCAGCCCUCAAAAUGUGAAUUGCAGAGAUCUAGAAGGCCGCCAUUCUACACCCUUACACUUUGCAGCAGGCUAUAAUCGUGUGUCUGUUGUGGAAUACCUUCUACACCAUGGUGCCGAUGUCCAUGCCAAAGACAAAGGCGGCUUGGUGCCCCUUCAUAAUGCCUGUUCCUAUGGACACUAUGAGGUAGCUGAGCUUUUAGUGAGGCAUGGAGCUUCUGUCAAUGUGGCGGACUUAUGGAAAUUUACCCCUCUACAUGAAGCAGCAGCUAAAGGAAAAUAUGAAAUCUGCAAGCUCCUUUUAAAACAUGGAGCAGAUCCAACUAAAAAGAACAGAGAUGGAAACACACCUCUCGAUUUAGUAAAAGAAGGAGACACAGAUAUUCAGGACUUACUGAGAGGGGAUGCUGCCUUGUUGGAUGCUGCCAAGAAGGGCUGCCUGGCAAGAGUGCAGAAGCUGUGUACCCCAGAGAAUAUCAACUGUAGAGACACUCAGGGCAGAAAUUCAACUCCUCUGCACCUGGCAGCAGGCUACAAUAACCUGGAAGUAGCUGAAUAUCUUUUAGAGCAUGGAGCAGAUGUUAAUGCCCAAGACAAAGGUGGUUUAAUUCCUCUUCACAAUGCAGCAUCUUAUGGGCAUGUUGACAUAGCAGCAUUACUGAUAAAAUAUAACACGUGUGUAAAUGCAACAGAUAAAUGGGCAUUUACUCCUCUCCAUGAAGCAGCCCAGAAAGGAAGGACACAGUUAUGUGCCCUACUCCUAGCACAUGGCGCAGAUCCAACUAUGAAGAACCAAGAAGGUCAAACACCUUUAGAUCUGGCAACAGCUGAUGAUAUCAGAGCUUUGCUGAUAGAUGCCAUGCCCCCUGAGGCCUUACCUACCUGUUUUAAGCCUCAAGCAACUGUAGUGAGUGCCUCUCUGAUCUCACCAGCAUCCACCCCUUCCUGCCUCUCUGCUGCUAGCAGCAUAGAUAACCUCACUGGCCCUUUAGCAGAGUUGGCAGUAGGAGGAGCCUCCAAUGCAGGGGAUGGUGCAGCUGGUACAGAAAGGAAGGAGGGAGAAGUUGCAGGUCUUGACAUGAAUAUCAGCCAGUUCCUAAAAAGCCUUGGCCUUGAGCACCUUCGGGAUAUCUUUGAAACAGAACAGAUUACAUUAGAUGUUUUGGCUGAUAUGGGUCAUGAAGAAUUGAAAGAAAUAGGCAUCAAUGCAUAUGGACACCGCCAUAAAUUAAUCAAAGGAGUAGAAAGACUUUUAGGUGGACAGCAAGGAACCAAUCCUUAUUUGACUUUUCACUGUGUAAAUCAGGGAACUAUUUUGCUAGAUCUUGCUCCAGAAGAUAAAGAAUAUCAGUCAGUAGAAGAAGAGAUGCAGAGUACCAUUCGAGAACACAGAGAUGGUGGCAAUGCUGGUGGCAUUUUCAACAGAUAUAAUGUCAUUCGAAUUCAGAAGGUUGUGAACAAGAAAUUGAGGGAACGAUUCUGUCACAGACAAAAAGAAGUAUCUGAAGAGAAUCACAACCAUCACAAUGAGCGCAUGUUAUUUCAUGGUUCUCCAUUCAUUAAUGCCAUUAUUCAUAAAGGCUUUGAUGAGCGUCAUGCAUAUAUAGGAGGAAUGUUUGGAGCUGGGAUUUAUUUUGCGGAAAAUUCCUCAAAAAGCAACCAGUAUGUUUAUGGGAUUGGAGGAGGAACAGGCUGCCCCACACACAAAGACAGGUCAUGUUAUAUAUGUCAUAGACAAAUGCUUUUCUGUAGAGUGACCCUUGGAAAAUCCUUUCUGCAAUUCAGCACCAUGAAGAUGGCCCAUGCCCCUCCAGGUCAUCACUCAGUUAUUGGGAGACCAAGUGUCAAUGGGCUGGCAUAUGCUGAGUAUGUCAUAUACAGAGGAGAACAGGCAUACCCAGAGUAUCUUAUCACCUACCAGAUCAUGAAGCCAGAAGCUCCUUCACAGACCUCAACAGCCGCAGAGCAGAAGACCUAGUGAAUGCCCACUGGUAAAGACCAAGUCGAUUCAAACCUGGGACUGGAUUACAGUGGAUUGUUUCCAACAAAAAAAAAAAUCAAUAUUCUGUAAAUCCCUGACAGCCUAGAAAUAAGCUGUUUGUCUUUUAUAAAGCAUUGCUAUAGUGAUGAAUAUAGUAUGAGUAACUGAUACAUACUCAACUGCUACUGUUCCCUUUGAGGAAAUGUUUACAGGGGCGGCCUUUUAACAUAUCUCAGGCUCAUUUCCAUUGCAGUUAUCCAUUUCUAAAGCAAGGUCGCUUUGAUCUACACUUGGAAAUGGAAAAAAGAGAAGACUUACCAAUAUUGUUUCAAAUGUUCACAACUUACACACUACAUUUGCUUUGUUAGAUAUGGCAUGUGGAUAUAGCAAAUAUGCACAGGCUCAUUUUUAAUUUUGUCCAAACACACAUCAUUGAUGCUGGGGGUUUUGUUUAUUUUGUUUGUUUUUUGGUUAUUUUGAAAAUGAGCCAGAGCCUUCCUGAGGAUAUUUUGCACAAAGUUAUACUGACUAAAAUCAUUAACAGUGCAGCCCAAUCUUCUGCCUGAGCAAAAUUCUAUCUCCACAUUUUGUGUUUGAUUUUGUAUCUGUACUUCUUGAUAACAAAAAUCGAGAUGAAAAGGAAAAGCAUCAAAUUUUAGUUUUCUUUAAUGAAUUGGCCCAUCUGACAAGAGAGCUCCCAAUUUGAGACAACGUCAAAGCUGGGGACGACUACUUGCUCUUUCCAAAACAAGCCCCACUGCAGGGUUGUUCAGGAUAUUGCUGGAAAUCCCAGGAGAGCACAGCCAGGGAAAUGUUAGAGUGAGGGGAUUAUGGCUUCAGUUUCCAGGUGAAAUGACUGGGGAGGCUGGGGAGGAGGAACAGCAUUAAGAAGAGAGAGGACCAAGUGAUUCUCUAUCAUUGUAGCCCAGAAGGAGCGACAGGACCCCUCAGAGAAUAAAUAAAUAUUCCCUUCACUUAAUCCGUACCACCAGAAUUGUCGCCCCCAAAAUUAGCUGCCUUAUUUCCAAAGUCAAUGGAAUUAUACUUCAUUAGAGUCCCAAAAAUUAUUUCUUUAUUGUCUCUUUAGUUUAGAAAGAUCCUAUGUAGUAAAUAGAUGUACACAAAUGCAAGAACUUUUUUUUUACUCCAGAUUUAUUUUGAGUGGCAUGCCUCAAAUAGUUUAUAAAGAUCCCUGCACUAAAUUUUUGAAUCAUUGCUUCAAACUUCUUAAUAUAUUUAGACAAGGAAAACAAAAAUUGAAACCAAAGCCUUUCAGUUAUUUUUUUAAAUGAAGAUGGUAAAGAAGUACCAUACUGUUUUCUUUGUGAAAGUACUGCUUGUUUUAAUCAACAGUUGCCAAGUGCACAUUGACACUUACAAAAAAUUAUCUCCUACAGUUCUUACACUUGCCCUGUUCACCUUAAUUUUCAAAAUGAAAUUGUGUGCAUUGUUUUAUUUACUUGACAUGCUGUACAUCUACUCAGCUCUGAAGCAAAAGAAGCAUAAACAUGGUGGGAAAAUAGGAAAAACGGUUUGACACAAACUUGCCAUUUCAAUUUAACGUCCUAAAAACUAAUCUGGGUUUGUUGUUGUUAUUUUAAUGCAGGCUGAUGAAGCUGUGACCUCCUUUAAUCUCCAGAAGUGAAAUAAAAUGGUUACAUGCAAAAAUUCUAGAAAUAGGUCUUGAUAUACACAUUUUGCUCUCUCUCUUUCCUUUUUUUUUUUUUUUUUCCCUGCUUGAGUACAAUGCUAGAACUAAGCAUCCACAGAGUAGUUUAAAUUUUGUAGCUGAAUCUUGCAUGGGUCCUCAAAAUUAAAUCAAGAAUAUUAACCUCAGUUGUUGCUUCUACUGAAGUUUCAGACCCAGGCUGGGUGUUUAUGUCUUGGCUACAUAUUUAGUAGCACUAGAAGCCCAUAUAAAGCUUCAAAAAUUGAUACUAAGAGGGUUUUUUUUUUCUUCCUUCCCUUCUCUUUUGCUGUGUGUAACAAAGGGUUGAAGAAAUUGCCAUCUGUGUGGUUUUCAGUAGUCGUGAAGUGUGCAUUACUUGCCCCAUCCCCUGGCAUAGUUUUAAAUGGUAAUAAACACAGCUGUGAUUUUUAGUUACGUAAAAGAGUUAAUAUGAUAUAGAUAUGGAAAACUUAAUAGCUUCAUUAAAAAGAUAAACCACUACCCAAUUGUGGUUAUAUGUUGUGUUGUUUCCAUCACACUGACCAGAUUAACGGAUGUUCCAGUUUUAAACUUGAGCCUUACACUUGGAAAAGUGAACUGUGGUUCAUUAUUUAAACUGCUGGUAUUACAUGUCUGAUGUUUUGUGUACUGAGAAAAGAUGCUGUGUAGUGGGGGGUGUUUGCAGUGCCUCGGUCUUGUAAUCAUUCAAGUAUGCAGUAGUUUUUGAAAGAAUAUUCUUAUAUUAUGUGCUGAAGAAUGUGGGUUAAGGGAGAUAUCAGAAGAACCAAGACAUUUUUUCAGAACUUGAAAACCAAGCGUCAUCAUGAAUAUGCUCAAAAGUUGGCAAAAAUGUAUUACAUUUGGAAAUUACUUUUUCAGAGUAGUAAGAAGAACCUCUGGCAUUAAAUUAAGCUGAAAUGUAUUUAAUUUCUUGUGUCUGCAGUAUAUAGAAAUACUAGCAAGAUUGGGACUUCCCUAAAAUGAUGUGUUUCUCAAACCAAGUGGAAGAGAGAAUCUGAACAUCUCCACCAGUUUUACCACAGCUGUAAAUCAAAGGGGUUCUGUCUAGACCUGAUGGUUCCAGUUUACCAGGUUUUGGCCAACUGGAUACAUAGCUAUAAAUUAAGCAUCCUAGACACUUUUCUCCUUGUACUUGACCUUCAGUUUUCCCCAGAUUGCUAGUCAAGAAUUUAAAAUAGCUCCAAACAUUACCUUUGAUCUCACUCAGUGUCCUUCUUUCUUCAUCUUAGAAAAGAAAUCUAGGUACUUCUCCAUUUUCAUAUCAAACCAGAACUUGGAGGCUUCAUGCACUCUCCUCAGAAGAUUCUAACCGAAUGACAGCAUGGAACCCAGAGUUUAAUUCUAUGCAAACUUACAACAGUACAACCAAGAUUCUUAUUUUCCUUUUCAUUCUUGGAACUUAGAAUUCCUAGCUUUUCAAGCAGCAUAAGUAGAAUUAAACAAUACCAAUGUCUUCAUGAAACGGCAUCCUUAAUGCAUCAUUGAGCUUGAUGUUAGCCAUCUCCCCUUGCUCUCAAAAUAGCAAAGUACAUUAGAAUACACAGAGAAAUGCCUGAAUGUGACAAGCAAAAAAAGUAAUAUAGAUUAACAUUCUAUCACUGAUAUUAUACAAAAAAAUUUUGGUUAACACUAGAAAACAACAUAAGAAUGCAAGAAGUUGUCUAGGUUUUUCUCUAUUGCAGUAUAUUUCCCUAUUGCACGAAGGAUUAUUGGAUAUUGCUCCGCCCACCCUUUUCAAACAUGUGCACUGUCUGGAUUCCUGUAAAUGGCCUUGCAAACAGAAAUGGUGUAUUUUUAAUCACUUUUCCCCAGUGUGUUCACAUCCCGUUAGUGUGAUAGCUAUGAUAACAGCCUUCUUGCUGUGUUUUCUGUCAGCCUAGUUAUCUUGUAUAGAGUUAUAGACUUUAGUCAUUCAGCUUAUAUUCAAAACCAACAUUAAAAUAGGGUUUUACAUGUCAGAAAUUUAUUUAAAGGCUGAAAUUAAUUUUGUUUGAUGUCAAAUCAAUGACAAAAAAAUGAAAGUAAUAUUUGACACAUCUAGCAUAUAACAAGGUAAUGCAUUCAAAAAAAUACCAUCCUAAAAAGUGAGAUUUCUUCAAGCAACUCAUGCAUUCUGCAUUUAAUAGACAAGUAAAUAUUUCUAAAUAGGAAAAGCCUUAACUGUGGCAGAAACUUUUUAACCUUUUAUAUUCUAAUAAAUGUUGAAAAGUGUCCAUGAGUCAGGCAUGUCUCCAUGUAUUUCAUAUCUGUUAAGCUUAUUUCAUGAGGGUCUAUUUCAUAAAUAAUACUCCCUCACCUACAGUGGGGCUGACAUAAUAGUCCAUUCCAAUCUGUUCGCAUCUGAAAUUCUUCAGCUACCAGACCUUCCGGUUUGGAGAAAUGCUAGAAAGACUUCAUUUAAAGCCUGUUAAGUUGAUAUAUAAUAACUUGAUAUCUUGAAGAAUUUGAAUGAUACGAAGUUGUUUUUUAAUCAUUUUAAAAUACAAACUAUGUUGUAUUACACUGAAAACCUUUCAGAAGCUGAAGAUUUUAUAUAUUCUGUAAGACCCAAUAUUGUUAUGCUGUGACCAGCUUUAGUCUUCUGCCUAGAGUUUGGCCUCCUAUGAAAUGACACACUGGAGAAGAUGCAUUUUGACUCUUCAUUCUUUCUCUUUUCAUAUUGCGACAUCUACCUAUUACCAUCCUUUCAAAGAGUUUUCUUUAUCUGUAUACUUACUUCCAUAUACAGCAAGAAUGCCCUUGGUUGAUUCAGAGCUUUGCAGAGAACUGCAGUUAAACAUUGUAGUGGGAUGUAACUCACAUACCCUCUCACCUCUCCACCUCACACCCUCUCACCUCUCUCAAAGUUCUGGAUGAAAAACUAGAAAACACCUCAGUGAAAUUAAGUAAUAGCCUAGAUCCAGAAAAUGACCUUGACCAUAUAACCAUUGUGUUCAUUACAUAGAACACUUAAUGUGCAUAUGAUACCUGCUUCUGCUCCCAUUGGUUUAAGCUUAUCAUUGUGGUAGUAAUAUUUGUCUUUGUCAUCUACAAAACUGAAAAGGUACUUUGAUAAACAAGGUUUCUCAAAAACAUUUACAAAACCAGCUUGGAGGAAAUUAGAGUGUUUCCUGGCAGCAGCAUUUGGAGUAGUAAUUGUAUUUCUCAUUGUGAUGUUUGUCUGUGUAAGUAACCAAUGUAGUGACCCUUUGGUUUGUUAUUGGUGUUGUUUUUAUUUUUAGUCUGUGACCCACCAGUAGCAGGUGGUUCCAACCCCUGCUUCUUUCUUUUUACAUUUGUCUAUUUGUAGGAUUGCCAGAUAAAACUCAAGAUGCCCAGUUAAAUUUGAAUUUCAGACAAUUUUUUAGCUUAAGUACAUUUCAUGCAAAAUUUGGCAUACCCUUAUCAUUAAAAAAAAGAACUAUUCAAUGUUUAUGUGAAAUUCAAAUUUAAUUGAACACCUGGAUUUUGUCUUUUUCUAAAUCUGGCAAUUCUACUGAUUUAGUCAUGGAAAACCACUUACAGCAUGUAAAUUCUUCUAGUCUUCAUUAUCGUUUGCCUGGAAUAGAAGACCUUUUUUUCUCUCACCCUCUAUUUAUUUCCAAAAGAGGGCAUCAAGGAACUUUACCUGCCUCCAUGGUAGGUUUCUAUUUAAAACAUAUUUGUGAUCAUAUUUAACCUGUAAUUGUGCUUUGGCUUAACGUCUAACUUACAGUACUUGUAAUUGAUUAAUAUUCAAUAAAAACAUUUGUAAAGUA